UUCUCCGAAGAAAUUAAAUAGUAUCUCUGUAUUUGACAUCCGCUAACUAAUGUCAGUUCAUAGAUACUUGACCGGAAAUAUACUUAUGUAUUUAACCUGUGUGUUACGUAAGGUUACAAUUCAUAACGCAUGCUGCUUGGCAUUAGUGUGGUAAUAUAUGUGCAGUAUCUGAUUGACUGGAAGCCUGGUCAAUGUGAUGGGGCUAGACAUUGCUCCGGGUCCCAAUGUUCCCUGGCGGAAGGUUCUGUGGGAACGCCAGCCGUUCCCUGAUAACUAUGUGGAUGAACGCUUCCUGGAGGAGCUCCGAAGGAAUGAGGGAAUCCGGCAGUAUCGCUACUGGGCUGUGGUGAAGGAAGCCGUUCUGGUCGGCCAGCAGUUGUCCUGUGUGGCCAUUUUCAUCACUUUCUGGCUCUACAUGGAACAGGGUCUGCUCUCCCCAGAAGUUCUUCUGUGGACCAGUCUGAUAGUUGGCGUACUGGGCUAUGGAUUACACAACGCACUGAGGCCGCAGCUGGGCACAGACCGCGAGCCCCGCACGCACCUGGCAGACCUGCAGAGUGCCGCCAUUUUCCUUUCUUUCACCUUUGGCUUUUCGCCAGUUCUGAAGACGCUGACGGAGUCUGUGAGCACUGACACGGUGUACGCCAUGUCUGCAUUGAUGCUUCUGGCCCACCUGGUGUCGUUCCCGUACGCCCACCCCUCACCCACUGGCAGCCUAUCCCUUAAUGCGGCGCUGUUUGCCUCUGUGUGUUUGGCGUCGCGGCUCCCAGGGGCCCUGCACACCUUCGCCAUGCUCAGCUGUGCCCUGUUGAUGUUUGCCCUGUGGCCCUGCCUGUUGCAGAGCAUCAGGGACCAUGCCAUCGGGCCGUCCGCAUGGCUGUGCGUCGCGGUGUGUCUUGGAGGGGUGGGGGGCCUGGGGUCCAGGUGGCUGGGGGGGGCUGUACUCCUGGCCCUUGCCCUUGUGAGUGUCAUCCUGCUCUGUCCUUUACUGCUGGUCAAGCUGCAGAGACACAAAGACAACAUCCAGGGACCGUGGGAUGAGGCUGAGAUCCAUGAGGACCUCUGUAAAGUCCCAUACUGAGGUGUAUAGGGUGAGCGCCCAACAUGAUGAUAAGGCAGUCAUAUGCAGAGGGACGUGCAGCCUAUGUUGCUCUCCUGUCAACACCAAAGAUAAUGGGUAAAACUUGAGUGAAUGCUGCUACAGUUUUAAAUUGUUUGUGUGCGAUUGAUGUGCUUUUCUGCCUAAAAUUACAAAAGCUACUUCUUUAUACUAUGUGAUAAAUCUCAUGGUUGUUUUAUUUAUACUUUUUUCUAUUUUAUAUAUUUAUAAGUAUUUCCAAAUAAAAAUGUAUUGCGCAUAGAUGAACAUGACAUUUGUGACUGCUGUCUGUGAUCCAGUUGCACAGUGUAGUAGCGGAAAAAGCCACUAGAUGUCCUUACUUAACUUCUGGGCCAAAAGCGAGGACAGGUUAAGACUUUUCGUUUUCCUGUGGUAUGAAUAAUUUUGUUAUUCUAAAUUAAUUACACAUUGAUUCUCCAAGCAAUGUGAGCUGGAACAAUAUAUAUCAAUACCUCUGUGUGACUACAUUCCUAGGUGAUAGACACGAUGUAUAUGUUUUCUACAGUUUCUGGUGCACAAAGUUUCUCUGGAAUUCAAAGAGUGAAGACUACAGGGACUGCCAUACAUGUUUACCAUGUCUUUCCCAACCGAUUCUGACUUGGAUGUGAUGCAUAUUAAUAAAACGUAUGUACUUAAGUAUUUUGCUGAAUGGUUGCUCUUAAAAUAAAGUCUACGUUUUCCCCUGGUAAAUGUA